AUGAUUUCUGAAAAUAAUAAUAAUGAAAUUCAAAUUCAACAAUUAAUUACCAAUUGGACAAAUGCUUUAUGCUUGAAAGAUAUUAAUCAAAUGAUGAGUAACUAUGCCGAUGAUGUUAUUAUCUUUGAUAUAAAACCUCCAUUUCAAACAAAAGGUGCAAUUGAAUGGAGACGAAUGUGGGAAAAAUGUUUACCUUAUUUUCCAGAAUCUUUCCAGAUUGAAACUCGAGAUAUAAUUAUUCAUGUUAGUGAUAAUGUAGCAUUUGCUCAUUGGCUUUGGCGAUUUACUGAAGUACCAGAAAAUCAUCGAAUAUUAAAAACUUGGAUGCGUGCAACUAUGGGUUAUCGAAAACAGAAUGAACAAUGGCUUAUUGUACAUGAACAUGCAUCUCUUCCAUUCAAUCCAGAAACAUCUCAAGUCGUAUUCACUUCUGAUCCAUAG